UCGCGGAAUGCCGAGUAUAAGACUCGGGCUAAACCGGUAGAUUGGUAGAGAUAAAUAUCGUCUGGUGAACAAUAACCGUAAGUUUUAUAACGAAUUGCUCCCCAGACCCUCAUAGCAUCAUCCAAUAUGGCCUAUGAGCCCACCAUUCACGACAUCUUCGAGCCGUCGACAGGCACGUGGCAAUAUAUUGUCGCCGACCUCCCCACCAAGGCCGCCAUAAUCAUCGACCCAGUCCUCGACUUCGAUCCGGCAACGAGCACCAUCUCGACGCAGACAUCCGAUGGCCUCCUUGAAGUUAUUUGGGAGUUGGGCUACAAGGUCGUCGGUAUUCUCGAGACACACGUCCAUGCCGACCAUCUGACGGCGGCCAAAUACCUCCAGUCCCGUUUGCGGGAGGCGCAGGCCGGCGCGGCUCCAGACAUCUGCAUUGGCGGGCGCAUCAAGGUUGUUCAAGAGAGGCUCGGCGAAAAGUACGGCAUCGAGAAGGAGGAGUUCGCCAGCGCCUUUGACCGUUUAUUUGGCGACGAUGAAGUAUUUGAGAUUGGAAAGCUCGAGGCCACAGCUCUCCAUCUGCCGGGCCACACUCCUGACCAUAUGGGAUACUUGAUCGGAUGUGAGUGCCCGCGACGCUUACAAAAGUUGAUCAGAAAAGGGGCGGGGGCUGCUGCUGACUUGAAAACAGCAAACGUCUUCGCAGGUGACUCCCUCUUCAACCACGACGUCGGCUCCGCGCGUUGCGACUUCCCUGGUGGCAACGCACGAGACCUCUUCGCAUCUACCCGGCGGCUCUUGAGCCUACCUGAGGACACCAAGAUAUGGACUGGGCACGACUACCCGCCGGCGGGGCGCGGCCCUAUGGCGGCGACGAAUGUUGCUCAGCAGAAGACCCAAAAUAAGCACCUCGCGCAGAGUGCUACGGAGUACGAAUUCGUCAAGUGGCGCGAGGAGCGGGAUUCGGGGCUCGGUGAACCCAGGCUUAUGCAUUGGGCGUUGCAGUUCAAUAUAAGGGCCGGCAACAUGCCUGCUCUGAACAAGAACGGGGAUCGCUUGCUGCACGUGCCUGUCAGAAUACCGGGUGCGACUUGGUGAGAAAAUGUUUGCCGCCGAGGAUUGGCAAUAGGUAGGUAGGUUCCUUGUUUGUAGAGGUGUAUGGAGUUGUAAGAAGUUGCCGUUGCCGUUGGUGGGUGCCUAGUUGUUAAUUGGCAGAUGUCAUAGGCCAUAUUCGAAUGUUAGCAUGACCAAAACCUCUGUCUACAAAACCGAGUCUCCGCGUGGGCUAUGUAAGGUUUUGCCAUCGGGUCGGAGAAGUGAUCCCAGUGUUGGUGUUUUGGGGAAGUGCCGUGUCCCG